AUGGAGUCCGCUACGGCAACGUCAGAGCACGGCGCCGGCGGCGGCGGCGACCUGGAGUACCUGCUGCGGCUGCUGCACUGGACAGGCACUCUGCGCCACCCGCGCGCCGGCCGCCGUGCCAGCCGCGCCUUCUACGCCCGCAACGCCGUCGUGGCGGUGUCGGUGCUGCUGUUCGUCUGCUCGCAGGCGGCGGUCAUCCUGCUGGAGGGCACGGCCGACCUGGACCGCUUCACGCGCGCCCUCUGCUUCUUCAACACCGCCGGCACCUGGCUGCUCCGCCUCGCACACGUCGCUGUGACGGAGCGACGCUUCCACGCUAUGGCGCUACAGAUGGACAGCGACUUUGGCGAGUUCGUGACGCGGCGUGACGCGGCGCUGCUACGCGCGCGCGGCCGCUCGCUGCGGCGCUUCGUGGGCGCCUACCUCUGCUUCGGCGUGGCGGCCGGCGUGGGCUGGGACGUGUUCCCGCUGGUGCGCUACGGCGUCAGCGGCGACGGACUGCCCUUCCACAUGGCGCUGCCCUACCGCGUCGACCAGCCGCUCGCGUUCGCCGCCACGUGGUUCUACUGCUUCUGCAUGACCAUGCACGUGGCCGUCGUCACCAUGGUGUUCGACUCCUACAACAUCAGCCUCAUGGCGCACCUGCGCCAGCAGCUCAGUGUGCUCUCCAGUAACGUCAUCGCUCUGGCUGAAGAGACACGUCACGAGUCGCUGUCUCUCGUGGAGUCCAGUCCGACCUCGAACUCGCCCGUACGUAUCGACAACACUCGCAUUCGUUAUCGACUGCGGAGCAUCAUUCGCCACCACCAAGCUAUCAUAAGGAACGUCGAGUCACUAGAGAAGUGCUUGGGAGGUAUGUUACUUGGGCAGAGCCUAUCCAUUGGUGCCUCGAUCUGCUUCCAACUGUUCCAGGUUGCCACAAGUGCGGAAAGCCUAGCAGAGGCCGGCAAGUUCGGUUGCUACCUGUCCGUCAUGCUGGCUCAGCUCUUCGUCUACUGCUGGUUUGGAGACGAACUCAUCACAGAGAGCGAGAAUGUUAGCACGGUGGUCUACUCGACAGUGGCGUCACUGCAGGGAUGCCCCGUGUCUCUGAAGCGGUCUCUGCUCCUCAUGAUGACGCGCGCGCAGCGCCCUCUUCACAUUACGGCUGCAGGGUUCUUCGAGCUCUCGAGGGAGUCUUUUGUGAAGGUUUUAAAUGUAUCUUACUCAUUCUUCGCCAUUCUUCGGAAUUUCAAGGAAGAGUAGGAGUGAACGAAUACUUGUC